AUGGCGGAAGCUGUAGCCGAUGCAAAUGAAACCUCAAAACUGGUUGAAAGCGUGCCCAUCCCACCACCUCACGCUCCUCCUCCGCCCACCAUGCGAAUGACUACACGAGAUUCAAAUAGGCUGAAGCGGUUCAGUGCUUACGGUGUCAUCGACACAGCUGCAGCUUUGGCAGGCAAAGAAGAUGCAUUGUUGGCUGCUGCACUCGCAGUGGAAGAUGCGAGAGAAACAGAUGAGGCUAAGAUGAUUCUGCAGAAUUCGUCUGUAGUUUUAACCGAAGCAGACACUGCCCUGGCAGAAGAAGCAUUUGCCAAAUCGUUUCGAGAAGAAGAAAGUAUUCCUGAUUCAUCUCCGAAACCCAGUAAAGUCAAAGGCAAAACUAAAGAACCGGCUACCGCCGUGGAAGUUGUCACUGCCGGUAAGCGACGCCGUCGUGCGAAUACAUCGCAAUCUGCUGCAGCUGAGGAGAUCUCGGAGAUUGAAGAGGCUCCGACCACCGCGACACCUACUGCUUCCGUUGGACGAAAAAGACCAUCCAAACCCCAGUCUCCCAAACCAAGCGAACCCAAACGUAUGUCUGUUGAACCUCCAACUCCGUUUUUGUCAAGCGCAACCCAACAGACGUCCCUAAUUGUACCACGGAAAGGUGCCCACAGCUUGUCCGAACUGGGCUCAGUAAGUAACCACGUUCUUUUCAAUCAUUAA